AUGCUGGCAUCAGUUGGGACGGCGAAUGUCCUUCUCACCCCAAAGACGGUAAUACCGGCCCUCCAAGGGGAUGCCACAGACCAGACACCCCCCGAUUUGCCUUCCUACCUUUUCAAGGAGCGCAUUGUUUAUUUGGGCAUGACACUGGUGCCUCAAGUAACAGAGUUGAUGCUGGCAGAGUUGCUGUAUCUGCAGUAUGACAACGAAAAAUCGCCUGUUAUUAUGUACAUCAACUCAACUGGCGUCACGAAAGCUGGUGACAGAUUGGGGUACGAAGCAGAAACACUUGCCAUCUAUGAUACCAUGAAGUAUGUGAAGCCUCCAAUCUACACAAUCUGUGUGGGUACUGCGUUUGGAGAGGCAGCUGUACUCCUUGCAGCUGGGCAGAAGGGCUAUCGAGCGUCUCUACCCUCUGCAACGAUCAUGUUGCGAGAGCCCAUGCAGCGGUUUACCCAGAUGCAGGCAACAGACAUUGACAUCUAUCGAAAUGAGCUUCGGAGGGUAAAGGGAGAGCUGGUAAACAUCUUGGCGACCCACACUGGGAAAACCGAAGAGGUUAUUGAACGUGAUAUCCGGAGGCCCAAGUAUUUUAAUCCCUACAGCGCUGUGGAUUAUGGACUAAUCGAUAAGGUGCUGGAAUCUGACGAAGGGGACACGCGUCAGAUGGUGGAGGGCACAAGGCUGGGCACGUAUCAGUGGACAGCAAGAGCAAUACUUGAUCAAUGA